AUGGAGAUUGUGCCCAUGCACUACGGUGCUCAAGUUGGUAUCUAUGGCGAUGAGGGAGACGAGGUUAGCUUCUUUGAUAUCUCUUAAAUUUUCUUGCUUCUCGAAAGAAAAUACUUCAAAAACUCAUGUAAUCUUCUAAUUUUCGAGUCAUCUUUUUUUUAUUCUCUGUCAAUUUAUAUUUUUAUAAUUGAAUAGCCAAUAAGCAAAUCGUGUGAGAUUUUCAAUUUUUCCAACUGUUUGAAGCGUAUUUAUUUUUUCAGUUAAAUCUAUAAUCUUCAAGGCUUUCUAACUUUUUGUACUGUUCAAAAAGUAAGCUGAAAAUUACAUUAACUGCCAAGAGACUUUACUGCUAGCCGAUAUUCUUGCCGCUUAUCGACACCUGUUGGCUUCUCGUGUCCCCUGCUACUCUAAACUAUUCGAAACGCCCUCUCUCCACCUUUGCAUCUUAGAAACGCCGGAAUAACUUUUUCGCAUACAUAUCUUUUCUCACAGAUUUUUUUCUUCCGGUUUCAUCGAUUUUUAGCGCCUUUGAUUGAUAAUUUUGAAAUUUUUCUUCAAAGAACUACGAUGUUCAAAGAUUUUUUUGCAAUAGAAAAUUUAACUUUUUUUCUCAUCUGAAAUGAUGUAUUUUUUUGUUCUUGUUGCUUUUGAAAGUUGUCGAAUUGGAAAAAUAUUAUUCGUCAUUUUUAAAAUUUUUUUAUCUAUAAGUUUUUAUAAAAAAAUCAUUUUUCAAAGGUGAAAUCUUGUCUUUUUCCUCCUAAUUUCAACUCUUAUCAAGCGUACAUGGGAAAUAAUUUUUUACUUCUCGCAAAUAAUUUUUUUCUCAUUUUUUUCAAAUUUUAAUGUUUUCACGCUAUUAAUGAAUCAGCACCCUUUUCCUUUCAUCUAACCGGAGAUUCUUCUAACAAGAUUAUAUCACUCAUCCAAAAAAAAACGUACUCAUAAAAAAGUGAUCACAUCAUACAUCGGCUGGAUCCCACCCCAGCUUUUUGCGCGCGAAAAAAAAUUGAUAAUGUACUGAAAUAGGCCGCAAAAAACUAGGCGUUGAACAAACAUUUUUGAAUGAACAACCGCCUUUGACGGUUUAGAAGUCCAAACGUGUAGUUGACCAAAUUGAAAGCACGGUCUCACGAUCCUUCGUCUCGUUCUUCUGCGCAUUAUCCAUUCAGUUGCGCCUUGAAAAGCUCAGAAUGUAGUUGAUCUUGUAGCUGGAACCCGGAGAUCGUUCUAUAGGUGGGAGCCUCGAAACCAAUUCUAGUGAAGAUUUUACCCGGAAUGAAUAGAUACUUUUUUUUAGACUGGCCAUUGUUUUUUUGUCUGAAAGAGAUAAUAAUAAAAAGAGAUCCGCCAAAGUCGUUUUACACCAGUUCCUACAAUAUCUUCCGAUGUUUUUUUCACUGUUCAACUUUUACUUUCAUUCUUCAAAAAGCGAUUUCUUCUGAUUCUAAACUUCGCGAUGAAAAUUAAUAUCGUUAAUAAGAAGUUAAUCAACUUAGGAAGCAUAUAUGUAUUCUGUCAGAGGACGCCCUUUCCGUCGCCUUGUGCCUUUGCGAAUGGUUCGUUUUCUAAGAAUGCAUUUUUUGCAUAGGUUUAGGUGAGGAGCUGGUCUUAGGAAGUAUAUUUUUAACAGUUUCUCUAGUUUCUCCAUUUCUUCAAAUUCAAUUUAACGGAGGUAUAGCAAAUAAAUUGACAGUAAAAAGAACCAUAUCAGGGAAAAAAAAUUUUUUUUUUUUUUAAAUUUUUUUUUUUAAUUCAAAUUUUUUUCUAACCUUAUAUAAAUGUUUAUAGGCGAACGGAUUGACGACUACGGAAUGGACUGGGUCCGAAAGCGACGAGUGCUUCGAACGGUAAAUUUCCUCCAAUUAAUGGCGAAAUUCACACUAGAACUGCUUCGAACUCACUUAUUGUUUAUGUUUCUUUCAAAGAUAGUUCUGGAAAAAGAUCUGUGCGAGAAUGGAUGAAUCCUGGGGGGACUUAAUUUUGAUUUAAAAAAAAAAGGCCUAGGAAAACGGUAACAUUUCUAAUCAACUUGGCGAGCCAGCCGAAAUGAACUUUAAAUGUUGUCACGAUUUUAGUUUCUGAGCUACCCAACCCUUCCCUUCGAUGCGCGCGGGAUUUUUCCCUGCUUGCGCCUUUAAUAUAACGAAAAUUUUAGGCCAAAUAAAAGGCGCAGGCAGAGAAAAAUCCCGCGCACUUUGAAAGAAAUGCUCGGAGGGUAAAAAAAAUCCCAAAACAAAAAAUCUUUGAGAAUCAGUUAAGUAAUUGUGUAAAAAUCCUAAACGAAUAUGAUUUAAUUUAGCGGCGAAUGUUUCAGAAUCUGAUUUUUUUUAAAGUUUUUUUUUUGUUCACUUUUUGAUUAUAUAAAUCAUUUUGUUUUGACCGUAGCUUCUUUCAUUUUAUUUCUCGAUCAGAGCUUUGUUUAAAACAGUGGAGAUAUUGUUAAUAGGUGUCGGAAAAAAAAAUUCGAAGUUUUUAUGAAUUCCACAGUGAAAUAUCUUAGCUGAAGUUCUCAAAAAAACAUACAACCAGUUUGUGGAUUUGAACGCUUUGAUAUUUUCUGUUUAUAGUGUGGUAAUUUUUUGUGAUGAGGAACAUGAAAGGGAAGUACUUUCUUUUCUUUUGAGCGGAACGAGAAAAAAAAAAAAAACGAAAAUUGUCCUUAUAUUUUUCUCACAUAUCUCUCUCCAGCCUCAGUUUUCGAUAAGCCUGAUUGACCUGCGAGUGCGGAAUAAAACAAAAUCUUUCGGCCGGGUCAGGGGAGCCGCUCGUCUGCCGUAAAAUAGCAGCAACAGACGCCCCCUGCGAUCUCAUUUCUUUUUUUUCUCCAUCAUGUCCUCCAAUCUGGUCGUUUUUCACAAGUGAUAUCCCUUCAAAGUUUUUCGAUUUUUUUUUCUCCAUGAAGGCCGCUGAUCUUUUUUCAAUGCGAAUGUCUCCUCAUUCGAAGAAAUUGUUGUUAAUUCUCAGAAAAUAGUGUUUGCAUGACAGAUUUUCGUCUUCUAAAUGAGAUGGCUGGCGAUUUUUGUUGUUUAUUGGGGGUCAUGUAGGCACGCCCAUUUUCUCCUGGCCCUUCCUCGCAGGAUAUUUUCGCUUUUCCAUUGUUGCCGUGCCCUUCCUCUCUCCCUAGAGACGCUUGAUGUCAGACAGAAAAGCCUGCUGGUUGCAUUACUAAUUCGUUUAGUCUUUUAUGAAACGAACCUUUCCUUCGAGUCGGUCGCUGCAAUACUUCUAUUUUUGUUUUGAGGAGAAGUCACGUGAUUCAGACCAGACUAAAUGCAAUUUCUUGUCACUGUUCAUGUUUUUUCUUUCGCCAUCAUGAAUUACAAACUAGGUUCUUCAACGAGAGUUUUUAUCAAGGUUUCGUUUUGACUAUAGUAGGCCUUUUUCUUCUUCGGUGGGCUCAUUUCGAGCGAUUUCUAGUCGUCAUCUAUCGUUCCUAGCCUUUUCAAUGGGUUUUUUGUAGCGCUGCCCGCGCCACUUCUCUUUCACAUUUCUUCCUCGUGUCGCUUUCAUUUUCACGCAUCUUGAGACGCAUUUUUAUAGAGAGGUUGCUGGCGUUGCGCCUUUUUUUGUUCUUGUGAAAAAUUGUAAAAAAAUUUUUUUGAAUAAUUUUUAGUAGCUCGGAUAUUUUGAUUUUUUUAGUUUUUAUAAAACUAUGUAGUAUAAAAAAAUGCAGUAGUAGAGUAUUUUUUUGAAGCUAGGAUAGUUGAGAAUAAAACAAUGGGGCUUGUAAUUGGGUAUUUGAUAUCUUUGGUGGCCCCCUGUCAUACGAUCUGCGACCGUUGUUGCUCCACAUUCGAUUGGUUUUUUCCUCAAUCGUCCCAUUCAUUGGAAUAAUAUCUUGUAGUUAUUUUUGAGGCCUUUAUUUCCAAAGACUUAUUGAAUCAAGUUGAAAACCUUAGAUACAGAAAGUAUUACAGCAAAAAAAAACAUUUUUUGUGGAGACUUUCUCUAUUAGUAGAAUGACUCGAUUCACACAGUUUAUACGUUUUCGGUUCAGUUGGGGGUUACGUUGGCACGAUUCUUUCGCUAGGAAAUUUAAUAUUGUGAUGUAUUUUUUUUCAUGUUUACAAUGAAAUUGUUGUACUGAGCGACUGUACCUGUACCUUGGUGAUUUUUCGAUUUUUUCGUCCCAAAAAUUUUUAGCGGCUAGCGAUAAACGACUUGAAUGAUGAAUUAUUUUUUACAGUUUAGUACGACGUGUACUAUAGAUUUUUGUUGGAUAUGGAUGGCGGAAUUUUCAAGCAAAAAAAAUGUGACUCGGGCGUCGUAAUAUCUUUAUUCCUGUGUAGAUCACAGUCCCAGCAUUGGUUCUUUUUCACGGUACUCCUCUUAUCACGAUUUGACAGACGAUUUCAGUUUUCCCGUUGUACUUGUACACCCAAAUUGAGCUAUUGGAAAAGAUUAGGCCAAUCGUUUUUUCCCUCAUAACCAGUUGUCGGCAGUUAAUCAUCUAGGUGUUUGGUUUGGUGGCAGAGGUGUACAAGCCGUCAGAGACGAGUUGGCAUGAGAACGUCCGACUGGUUCUCCUCUUAAGUCGCUUUGCAUAUAACUUUUUCUUGGUUCUUUUCAUCAGCAACGAUUUUCCUCAGAAAUUCCUCGGUUCUUACUAGUUAUAUUUUCGAAAAAGUGGAAGCUUUCCCAAGUUUUUUAAAAGUGAAUCUUUUUUGAGAUCAGAAAAAAGUAACUGAAUUUUGAGCGAGAUUCGUAUUCAAGUUUCAUGCAUUUAUCAAAAUUGGAAUGAUUUUGCAGAACAUUUUUUCGGAAAGAGUUUUUCAUCAAGUUCUGGGAGGAUUUUCUCAUAAAUUUCAAACUGAAAUUUCUCAAUGUUUUGUGAAGGUCAUUGCAAUAUUUUCAAUAAAAGAAUCUAUUGCGCGUGCUCUUGAAACUCAACUUACAAGGACGGCCAUUUUACUCUGCGGUUGGGAAUUUUCUUAUUAUUGGCCAGAGUAAUCCUUGAUCUACCAGAUGUAGUUCCUGAAAGUCACCCUGCACAACUCUCUUGUUUUUGAGAAAGUAGAUCUUAAAGUCAAGGAAAACCUCAAAAAUACGUUAAAAUAGGCUAUUUUCGGGCUUUGAGCCCCUAAACUUCAAAAACGGCAAGUAUGUUCAGGUUUAGACUUCUAGGACCUUAUUCUCUUACAUCAAGGAAUGUUCUGGCCAACUUUUAGGAAAUUCCCAGCCGUAAAGCAAAAUUACCUUACUUGUUAGUGGACCAUAAUCUGUGUGAGAUUCAUUUUUGAGAAGACUCGAUAUUUCGCGUAGUGUGAAGCAGAGGGUAACUCUGGUUGUACCUGGAAAAUCAGUUAAUGGGACUCUUUUCUCGCAUUUUUUUGUACUCCUGAUGAUUUUUGCAGUUGCGAGGAGGAGUGUGGAGGCGAAGCGUGGCGAAUCGCGUGCUUUUCACGCGUCGGACGGCUCGCCAUAGGCCUGCUCGUCAUGCUCCUCGUCUACCUCAUCGUCGCGGGUUCGUUCUCUUCUCUACCACUCAUUUUCAUUCACGCUGGAGCAAGUCCUAUUUAGGGAAUAAGCUUAGGUGCAUCCUUUUUUCGACCUUUAAAAUUUUUGUUAUAUCUCUCUCUUCACGAAGUGUCUACGCCCUCUUUUCUCAUUAGCGCGAUUUACGCGACUAGGCCACGCCCACUUUUGCGCGUGAAACUCGCAGUGGAACAUUGGGACAAUAUGCAACACUUUUCUGCAUAUUUUUGCCUUCUGAGAUUUGGGAAAAUCCGAUGAAUGGCACAGCAAAUUUUUUCAUUCGAUAUGAAACGUCUACUGCUUGCUUUACGAUUCUCAGUUAUCUCAUCUUUAAAACGGUGCAUUUUAAGCGUUUUCGAAUGCCCGCGGGGCUAAACUACCGGAGACCAACGAGCCUCGACAAGGAAUUAAUCUGACACGGUGAGUUUUGAACUCGUCCACAUGCGCCUGAACUACCUGAAUUUGAUUCAAUCUGUAGUUCAGGGCGAAACAAGUUCUCGACGGGCUUUGCAACGCGUACGACGAGGGGAUUUUGUCUGGAGAUUCCUGCAAUCGACUUUGCUAUCAACGUGACUGGACCAUCACGGACUACUACGAAGGAAAUAAAGUAGUUUUUAUUCUUUUUAGUUGCCUCUAUGGUAUUAUUGCAGUGGCAAUUUUUUCCUCUUUUAUUUUUCUGCUUUCACAUUUCACGGGUUUUCUCAUUGACUUCUUGUUCCUUUGUGUUAUCAUUAUAGGCGCACUCUAUAAUUUGAAUAAGUCAGGAGUUGAUCCAUACGUCGGCUGGAUCCCACCUUGGGUGCGGCCUACCCCCUCAAACUGCGGCCUACCCCCCAAAAAGUGCGGCCUACCUCAGUACACUUUCAAAUUUUUUUUUCGCGCGCAAAAGGCUGGGGUGGGAUCCAGCCGACGUAUGAGUUGAUCAAAAAGUAGAGGCCUUGUUCGAAGUCUUGCUCUCAGAAAGUUCCUUGUAGGAGAGGUCUUUUUACUUUGAGCUUGAUAAUUUACUAAAAAUUGGCCAGAACACUUUUUGAUGUAUCAAAUGGCGAUCUUGAAAGUCUCAACUUGCUCAAUUUUUUGAGAAAUGAAGGUCUAAUGUCUGAAAAAUAGCCCUUUUAAAUGGGUUUUCUUUGACUUUUAGACGUCUUUUCUCAAAAAAAAAAAAGGUGGCUGUGCAGGUUGAGACUUUCAGAAACUUCUUCUGGUACAUCAAGGAGUAUUCUGGCCAAUUUUCAGAUUAAGGUAAAAUGACCUGAUGAAAUGAAAAAAUCAAAAAUCAGAAAAGCUAAAUUUCAAUUCGUACUAUCGCUAUUUUGGAUUCCAUCAGGUGGUCGUUAUGAUCAAAGACGGCGGUCAAACGAGUGUUUUCAAAAGCUCGAAACCUUUCUUCCACAUGUUUGAAGAUCCUGGAACCCAGAUUUCCGACGAAAAGUUUUCAAACAAGGUUAGGUUUCAUUUCGUGUUGAAAAAAAAUGAGGAUUAAUCAAGGUGGUGGACGUGGUGAACGAAGAACUGCGACUGGGUUGGCCGCGGCACUACAGUCGACAUCUGAUGGAGACCCUCUGGCCCACUCUCCUGAGGUACCCUCGCCAAAAAAAAAAAAUUUAUCGAACGGAAAAAAAUAGACAAACUCCGGUUCAGUUCACCUGCUUUUUUUUUAAUUUUUUUUCUCGGGCGGUUAGUACUUCAGUCUUGAAGUUAAGCAGUUUCGAUCUUUGAGAUAAAGUUUGUAUAUAAAAAUGAAAAAAUUUACCGAUGAAGAUCUAAUCUUCUGCGGCUCUAUGUCGAACCCGCCUUAUUCUUCAAUGGCAUGUUCUUUGGAGAAACGGAACAUGUUUCAAAACACAAAAUCAUGUUCAUCGGCGCACCAAAGGUGCUCCAAAACAGUACUAAUUUUUGUUUUGUAGCAAUUUAGUGGUAUGAAAAAAGACCAGCGAAAAUUCAAACGGCGACUUUUCCGAUCGCUUUUUUUUUCAUAUCGUUAGAGAACUUUCGGACGGCCACCUUCCCGCCGAAUCUUUUUCCGGCGGAAAGGUGGCCGUCGAAAAGUUCCCUAGCGAUACGAAAAAAUCGGAAAAGUCGCCUUUUGAAAUUUCCCUGGCUUUUUUUUCAUACCAUUGCAAUUUUUUGCGUUCUGGAACAAUUUUCAUUUUGUUCGAUGAACAGCCAUAAAAAUUCCUGUUUGUUUCUGACCAAUGUUGGCUCAUUUCGUCUCGUUGCAGAACGCGAGGCGAAGGAAUGUCCGCAGCAGACCGGAAAUCUCUAUGGGCCCUUCUCUCCCAGCCAGAAUUCAUACUGUUUCGAGUUUUGCCUUUGACCCGCGUCACACCCAAAGUUUUCCCUGGUCUUCCUAUAGUUCUAAUUGGCUGUCUUUGAGAUUGUCGGAACGUGCGGCCAUAUGUACCAGACGGAGUCGCUCGUCGCUUUCCGGAUGAAAGGCUAUUACAUGAAUCUCAAGGUACUCCCCCUUAUCAGGCCCUGAAAAAAGUUUUUUUUUCAGGGAAAAAUACUGGUUCAUGUAAUGGGAACGUUGAAACUGCUCUACGAGUUUUUAAAUGAGCCUCUCCAGUGGUGCGAUGUUCGAUUUGACAACCUUGGGCUCUCGGCUGAUUAUCCAAAGAGGUGACACUUGAUUUUUAUCAUCUCAUGAUCGUUAGGGAAGUUAUUUGAAGUGGUAUAGUCCGUUCAGAUUUUGAAUGUCAAGUAAUUGCUCAAACUCCGCCCCUUAUGCGUAGAUCGAACCAAUUAGAGAGCGAGCGAUCCACACAGCGUUGUUGGGGCGGAGUUUGCUGCUUGAAAUUCAAAUUCUAAACAGACUGUAGCGAUAAUAUUUUAAUAUGGCUCUCAAAAUUUUCCCCAAAGAAACGAAAACGUGCAGAUUCGUGCUGAUGGACGGAGACAUGGUGUACACGGAGUCGCGGCUGAACUCGCUCCUGAAAGGACGGCCCUGCGAAUCGGACAAAGACUGCAGACUCGGCGACUGCACGGCCCGUUGCACUGCCGACUUGGUCUGCUCGGGACGCUCCAAUCAAAAUCUCGAGGUUCCCUUAUUUUAAAUGGCUCUUAAAAAGGCUCAGUCAAUUUACUAUUUUGUGAACGAAACAAAUCUGAAUGGGAAAUAGGAAAUAACUGUUUUUUUUUUUUGUUUUUGCUUAUACAGAAGGAUUUGAAAAUUGUUCUGAAAAGUUUUGUAACAAUAAAUUUCUCAGAAAAAACUUUUUUAAAAUCUCCUUUCACUUUUGUUUAAAAGAACGUGUUUUCCAUUCAAAAAAGCCGCUGAAAAGUUAUGGACUACUACCUUUUUUUUUUACCAAUUCUCCGGACUCUGGAAUUUUUCAGGUGUUUUGUGAAAAACUGGUGAACAAACUGUUCGGCAACACGUGGACCAAGAACAACAAGUAUCUGACGGCGUGUCACGACACAGGCACCAACAUCACGCAAAGACUCAACGAGUUGCGGCUCACCUGGUCCUGGAACCUGCCUGACGUCUGA